AUGGAGAUUGGUCCAAAGACGACAGCUGUUGUGACCGGGGCAGGAGGUGGAAUUGGUCGAUCGAUCGUUUUGUCUCUCGCAAACAAAGGGGCUGCAGUGGUGGUUGCCGAUAUCGAUGAAGAUGCUGCUUUGAAGGUUGCCGAGGAAGCCAAAGGGCUCGGGGCAAAGUCGCUGGGUGUCAAAGUGGAUGUUUCCAAGCUGGAAGACGUGGAAAGAUUAGCCUCUUUGGCCUAUGAUCAAUUUGGCAGCGUCGAGAUAUUGGUGAACAACGCAGGAGUGACGAUGCGACCAUUCAGAGCCUCCUGGGACACUUCUCUCAAAGAUUUCAAGUGGACGAUGGCUGUGAACUUUUGGGGAGUGCUUCAUGGUCACCUGGUCUUUGUACCCCGAAUGCGUGAGACCCCGGGACGAAAGCAUAUUGUGAAUACCUCAUCCAUGUCAACGUUGAUCGCGUUCGCUGGUCACUCUGCUUACUCGGCGUCUAAGGGCGCCGUGGAUGGGUUUUCAUUUGCUGCUCGUGAAGAGCUAAAGACGCAGAACAUCGGACUGAGCAUUCUCCAUCCAGGCCCUGUCAGAACGAGAAUCGUGACCAGUGAGCGCCUCCGGCCUCAGGAGGAUAACUCUGAGGUACGUAAGGUGAAACCGUGGAGCGAUUACUUGGAGAACGGAGGCAGCACUACUGCUCGCGUGACUCCCUCCACUACGACCACUUCCAACGACCCGAGCUUUCCUGAGCAUCCUUAUCAUUACAUCAACCCGGACGAGUGUGGUCGUUUCAUACUCGAAGGCAUUCAGCAUGAUAAACCAGUCAUCUUGACACAUCCUCCUCAAGUUGCCGAGCUUGAUGAGCGAAGGGAUGCCAUCCUUGCAGGUGCACCGGUCAGAGCUGGUGGAGCUUGA